AAAUGAUUGGGUUUUUACGUGAAUGACAUUAUUUUGGGUAACAAUACAGUAAGAGAGCCAUUAAAUCGUGAAUAUAUUGAUAUUGCAGUCAUUGUAAUAGCAUUGAAGUGUCAGUCAUUUAGUGAUCAUUAGUUGUGAUUAUAGUUGUGAUUAUAGUUGUGAUUAUAGUUGUGGUGAUUGAGUGCAAUGUCUUAUAGCAUGGAAUCAAUGGUGAGAUUCAAUGCCCAGACCACAGGCAGAGACAAACUGUUUCGUUUAUGUCAAUUCACUUCACUGCUAAGACUGGGCCGAUGUGUGGAUGUAUUGCACUCAUCGAUGCAAACGAUGCAUUUGCCGGACCCGACACUGAGAGUGACGCUCACACUGUCCCGCAUCGCCUCUUCACUAUACCUGUUGUGCGAUCACAUGCUAUGGUUGAGUAGUACCGGACUCUUCCCAUCCGUGCACUCAAAGCAAUGGUCUGAAUGGAGUAAUAAGUUUUGGUUGUAUUCGAUAGCAAUGAAUCUGGUCCGAGAUGUGUAUGAGAUAAGCAAUAUACUGAAAGCCAACAAUUAUGUCAACUCCCAAAAGCAUUACUUCGGGCACUCGUCUCGCAUUGAUGUGAUUCCACCCAAUAUUUUAAACCCAACUCAAGACCAAUACUUACAGAUAAUUGAAUGGAUUAUCAAACAUAAGAACGUAUGCAUCGAUACACUGAAGAAUUUUUGCGAUAUUUGGAUACCAAUGACAUCAUUAGGACACACAAGACUGUCGGCGCAAACCAUUGGCUUUUUAGGCCUAUUGUCGUCAUUAAUAGCGAUUUUGCAAGUUUUUGAUUACGCCUAUCGAUUGUCUCCCUCUUAG